AUGAGAACACACGAAAUCAUGAAAGUUUUCCGUGAAGAUGAUCUGAAUAUCAAGCUAGGAACUAUGAUGUUUGAGAAGUACCAUAGUAGUCAGGCAGAACUAAUCAGACAAACUAUGAGACAAAUGGGUAAAUUGUUGUUGGAACUGCGUCAUAGAAAGAGACACAUCAAGACAUUGGAAGAAGCCGUGCAGCUUGCAAACUUCGACAUUGUUGUGUUAGCUGUUAAAAAACUAUGUUCUUCUUGUCUAUCCAAAACGAGUACACCCCAAUUUGGCAUACCAUCUUUGGUCCUCAAACUUGGUCAUUCACUGAGAAAAUGUGCUAACAUAGAAAGAUGCAUUGCUCUUAGAAAUGGCAAAAGCCAUAUCAACAAGAUAAUGGAAUCAUUCUCAUCUUUAAUGGACAUCGAAUGGAAUAUAGGAUCCAAUGCUCUCAAUACAUUAUACCAGAGACAACCGAAUUGUACACAGUUGUUGCCAAUCACAAGCGAUUUGAUUAAGUUGAAUGAAUAUUCAAAAUCAGGAAUUGAGAACAAUUUGAGAGAAAUCCAUAAAACGAUGCAACAAACGUUAUCAACUUGGACGAGCUCAGUCACUCUAGCCCGCGAUCGGUGUCCGCGUUAG